AUGGCCGAAAACAUGCUCCUGGGUGCAAGUUUUGCGGAGUUCGACAUGCCACCGCAAAUUCCCCCUUCCGUCUACCCCAGUAAUCUACCACCAAAGCACUACAAGGACGAUCUGAUUCCCUUGAAAACCUGGAGGCAUCAUGGAAUUUGGGCAGCUUUCACUUUCGCCUACCGUACCAAUAGCUGCAAGUACCGCGAUGACAGCAGUCAUCGUCAUCGCGACUUCGCCAACCGAGUCGAGACGCUACCACGUCAUGAUGCCCACGUCAACCCCAGGACUGGCGAGCUCUGCCCUCUCAUCGUCCAGUGUACUGACGAUGUGUACGAGGAGGCUCACGGGGUGACUACUUGGUGUCGUACCUACGUGCGAAAGCCGUCGCCAUUUUAUGUCCGUUUGGCCAUUUGGACGAGUGGCUCUACACAGGACUCAAAGAGCUGGACGACCUGGCGUGUCCAAGUCGUCAUUGGGCUAACCGGUGUCAAGUGUUUUGGGGGUCUCUAUUCAAGCAAACUAUACUAUGGUAAAUAUCCGCCGGUUCCCCAUAAGUACUGGGGGGUUGCCAGAUUGUGGAGCAAUCUCCUAGAAAACCCACGGGAGCUUUCUCAACUCGCUGGCUCCACGUCCCAAUACCGAUCGCUGAAGCCUCGCAACCUCUGUCUGCUGACGAGUGAUCUCUGGGAACCCAUCGAUGUGGCCCAAUGGGAGAGCGAGCCUGCAAAUUCAGCUCGAACAUUGUCAUAUGUGUUCGUGGCUUACUCUAGCGAGCAUUUCUACCACGAUACCAACCAGGACAUGAUAGACUUGCACGAAAUUGGAAUGUUUGCAGCCCGAAAAGCCGGGGUUGCUGCUUUCUGGGUGGCCGGCAGUUGUAUGCGAGAUGAGAACGAAAUUGAGAAUGAUGUCUACCGAAUCUCAGACAUUCUACGCGGUGCUAAGAAAAUGAUCAUUGCCGUGGGUCCGUCGAAGUACAGCUAUGAUCCCAGAUCGACCUCUGAUCCACUCCAGCAAUGGGGCUCGCGCAUGUGGACACUACCUGAGGUACUACUCAGUCCAGGCCAGGAAAUCACGGUGUACAGUCGUGGGGGCGAUCUAAACGAGCCAGAAAUCAUUCCAAAGAACCAGGUUGCAUCCAGAAUGUGGGGAAGUGACGCUGACAUCUCAAGGGAACUCAUCGAUCAUUAUCUAGGAACCAUAAAUCUCAGUACGAUAGAACUCUCUGUCUUGACUCUGAGAUGUCUCUAUGCCAGGCAUACUACGGAGUAUCUUAGAGGUGACCACGCUUAUGUGCUCAUGGGUCUGUUGCGCGUACGUCCUCCGAUUGACAAGAUGGACAGUCAAUUCCAAGCCUUCGCGAGGCUUUCUCUCGCAAACCACAGCGAUAAACUUCUCGAGCGCUACAUCUGCACGCUUCCAAGGCAGCCGAACCAGCCAUGGUGGGACAUCACGGAUGCAUAUGGAUCUCAGCUGUGGGAUAUUGAUCCUGUAUGUCAAGUCGCUGCCAUUUGUGACCACGACACAGUCGUGCUUGAUGGUGCCCGAGGCGCAACCAUUGAGUGGUCUAGAUUUGACUGCAUUUGGCACGCCACCGGUCCCUCGUGGAAAAGGGUGAUUGCUUCAUUCCUUGUACGCUUGGGCUGGACUUUUCUCGCCUCGGGAAUUCUACUCAGCUACCUCGGCCUUGAUUCGCUGAUACGGUUUGAGGGACCCAAGUACCGGUACGAUAAGGUCGGGAGCGAGGUCAAGCUUCCUUAUUAUUGCCAUGUCGGAUUCGGUGUAUUCUUCUUACUUAUCUGGUUCGCCACCGCCCUGGCCAACCCAUUACUGGUACGCAUUAUGCUGGCCGGAAAGAUACAGGACAUCCAGGGGGCCUUUUAUGGAGUGGAAGGAUAUCUUAAUCCUGCAACGGUCGAGUGCCUUAUAUUCGGAUUCAACUUUGGCCGUUUCAAGUGGUCGAUCCAUGGUAGCCUGCUCAGCCAGUCGCAAAUCAAUGAGCACAAGGAAAGGGUUGGCGUAGACCCGUGCGGGUUUGCGGACACCAAACAAAAGGUCGAAGCGGCGAAAAAGGCCAAACCUGGGGAUAUGAGGAUUUUCACGCUCGUCGACACCUACAACCUGGAAGUGACCAUCUUUGAGGCUGCCCGCCCGCCGAAUGUCCUCCUGUUCUGCGGCAGCGAGGGCGGCAAGCAGAGGGCGGUGGGCUGCUCGUACGACUGGACCACCCAGACUUUCUACCGCGAGACCGUUCUUCGGGUGCCAACUGAGUCGCUUGAGAGGGCAUCCCGGGUGUCCCGCUUCCGCAUGGGCAUCCAGCGGCCGAAAUGGGAGACUGUCCCUGGAAAGUAG